GUCACAGAACUUGGAACAGAAUAGAGUCCAUCAUAGAUUAAACCCCCACGUUUUCGAAUAAUUCAAAGGGCAUAUACAGCAAUGAUGGAAUAAUGAGCUUUCCAAUCAUCCUACGGCGGGCCUGCACUCACUCCACAUUCUUCAAGACAUCCAUAAGUCUUGGAAUUGUCCAAGCUUCAUUUCCCUUCCUCACAAGAAGCAUGGCCACCGUCAAAGACUCAAUACCACACAUGAUCCGCACCGCGGAAGACCCUCGGCAGCAAGGCGUGUGGACUGCACGCCUGGGCAAGAUUGAGCAGGUCAACUCCAAGAUACGAUUGAUCAGACUGAAUCUUCCGAGAGAUGGGCCGCCGCUCCGACACAUGCCAGGACAGUACAUCGACCUCUACAUCCCCAACGUCGACGUGGUGGGCGGUUUCACAAUCACCUCUCCACCCCAAUCCGCCUCGUCUCAACAACAUCAUCAAGCUGAUCCACACAUCGAGUUGGCGAUUCAAGAUUCGCCGACCAACCCGCCGGCCGCGUACCUCUGGAGACCCGUCCCAGAAAUCUUGGACUCGACGGUGACGUUCCGGGUCGGUGGGAACUUUGCGUACCCUCCACUCACGCUCGACAGGGACCAAUGCGCAAAUAUAGACCGGGUAGUCUUCGUGGCCGGCGGGGUUGGCAUCAACCCCAUCAUGAGUAUGAUCUCGGCCAUGGAUGAGAUGGGCACAAGGAGCAAGUUGGGCGGAAUGGUCAAGACAGUGAGGGUUUUGUAUACGGCGAGAAGAGAACAUUCCCAAGGCGGCGGCGACCGAGCGAAAAAAGAAGAAGUAUUGUUCGAAAAGAGGUUGAACGACGUGGCCCGGAAAUGGAGUAGCCAUCAACAAGUCGAUUACCAAUAUACGUUUUUCGAAACAAGCGGGAGUGGCGGUCCAGAUGCACAAGAGACGGUGGCUGAGAACAUUACACAUCGGUAUCGACGGAUAAACCACGAUGACCUUUUCCAGGCACUUGGACCAGAAGACACGCGGCACAACGCUGUCGUCUAUGUUUGCGGGCUGCCGACCAUGACUGAUGAAUUUGUAGAACUGCUAAAAAAGGCCAAAUGCAUGGACGAGAAGAGGGUUCUCUGUGAGAAAUGGUGGUAGAUAUACUCACAAUACAGAUAUAGAAUUUUAUACGUCAAUGGCCA